AUUAUUACAGAAGUUAAUGGCAAAAGCAAUAAAUAAAAUAAAACACGCCCCUGAAUGGGAGCCACUAAGAUGCCUUUUCUAUAUUUUCAAGAACUUGACAUUCAAACAUUUUUCUUCUUUAAGUUGAACCCUCAAAUUAGAACUUGGAAUCGCCAAAAACCCUAGAGAGAGAAGCUCCUCCAUCUCUCUAGAAACCAGAGUUAUUUUCGGGAUUCAUGCUGAGGUGCAAGGGGGGAUAAGGAGAUCUUCUGGGGUGGAGUUCGAACGCUGCUCACGGUGGAGACUCUCUUGGGUGGAGGCCGGAGAGGGGGUGACGCAAUUUUUUGAGGUUUUGUUUGUUUCGAUUAUGGUGUUUUGUCUCUGAAAAUAAGCUCUUAGUGCGUUUGGUCUCUGGUUUUGUUUCUGGUUUUCCGUCUAUUCUAGCCGAUGUGGAGAACAGCUUGUUUUGGUUAUGGGCUGGCGACGGUGAGGGUGACGGAGACGGCUUGUUUUGUCCAAGCACUCUGCGAAGUGGUCACGUUUGUUGGUUGGUUUGCUGUCAGAAAACCAUACGCAGAAAGAGAGUGAUGGUGUAGCGCAUGACGGUAAAUUGGUUUGUUGUGCUGCAGGUUACCGUGAAGAUUGUGGGGUGCUGUCAGAAAACCAUGUGUAAAAGUGGUUGGGCAAAAGGCUAGUGGGCAUACGGCCUAGAAGAGCAUAGAGUGUUUUCAGUUUGUUUGUUUUCAGUGGUUUGUUAGGUUUGUUUUUUAAUGUUUUAAUAAAUUUUUUGAAAUAGGCAAGUACCUCUCCUCUUUUGAGGAUGAGGGUUGUGAGUCAUCUCCUCCUUUGGAGGGUGUAGGUUGGGUAGUUCCUUUCCUCUCAUGGAGGGUGAGGAUGUUUUGUGUUUCUCGUAGACAAGCCGAGAUGAACACUUCUGUUUAACAGAGUCUCGCAUCUCAGUUUGGUGUUGUCAUUGGAGAAUUUAGAAGUUUUAGACAUUGUCCGACGCAAUGAAAGUUGUGUGCGGGGGAGCGUACAUUCGAUGGAUAGUUGGCUUGUAAGCGGGGUUUGUUACCUGUUAUUAUGGGUCACAGCUGUAACUUCCUUCAUUCUAUAUUGAAUUGAAGUCUAUUAAAAAAAAAAAAAAGAACUUGACAUUCAGAAAAACCCCUAAAGUGUUUGGCUAUGCUUGAUUUGGUAAAAUCUUCUACUACUAAUAAAAAAGGAGUCAAUCUAGCAGUUUAUUUGAAACCUCAAUAUAUAACACUAUAAGACUAAACUAAAAAGAAAAGAUUUUGUGGUAGAGAAUUAUCACAACAACCUUGCAUUUCAAACACCAUGAGGUAUUAAUCCCCACAAAAAGUCUCCUGUUUAGAUUAUCAAAUGUAACUUGACCAACUUCUAGCAGAAGUUUUGUAUCACCUUGAUUGCUAAAAUUUUUUGGAGAACUGCAUGACUGCAAAUGUUGGAGACAAUGACCGAAAAUAUCAAUUAUUUGUGGAUCGUGCCAAAAAAAAAAAAUCAUUAGAGGGCAAGAGGCCUGAAUAAGGAGUUAUAGUGCAUACAGAUAGAGGCAUAGAGAGGCAAUACAAAGAAGAUUAGAGAUAAUUUUGAGACCUUAUAGAGUAUAGUUUCAAAGCCAAAAGAAUUGCGAGUCUUUGAUUUUUUGAAACAGGAAAAAAUAAGUGCCCCCAUCAACCUUGAUCGGGUGCAAUGUUAUCUAUCAUAUAAUGUUAGAUAUAAUCUUAGGGUGUGUAAACCUUACCUACUCAAUUUUUUAAAACAAGAGAGAUCAACCAUUAAAAAGUAGAUUUUUAUUUUAUUUUAAUUUUUUAUGUGGACCCUAAAUUUGCACAUUCCCCCCCCCCCCCCCCCCAAAAGUAGUGUGUGUGACUUGCACACCCUACAAGUGUACAAAUCAUUUCUCAAUUUUAAAACACUCCUUGUCGUUUUAGAGUUGGGGAGACUGAAGAACCUACAGGAGUUGUAUUUGAAUGGUUCCGACAUUGACAAAAGCUUCCUCCGUAAAGUUGGAGUUAUGACUUCCCUUAAUGUAUUGAAAAUGCAAGAAUGUGGACUCAAUGGAAGCUUGCCCAUCGUUUAAGGCUUGUGUGAGCUUACAAAUCUACAAGAGUUAGAUCUCAGUCAUAAUAAUUUUGAAGGGAUAUUGCCUUCAUGUUUGGCAAGCAUUACAAAACUUCGAGUAUUUGAUAUCUCUUCCAAUCGCUUUAAUGGAAGCAUUGAUCUCUCCCCUCUACCUAGUUUGAAGUCACUUGAGUACCUUGAUCUAUCACAUAACUACUUCAACCCAUUCACAUUCUCCUCAUUUUUCAAUCUCUAAAAAAUUUUCAGUUGUUCAAGCUGCUUAUCUACCAAGUCUGGAAGAAUAAUUACUAGAUUCCAUCAUUACCGGUUUGACUUGCAAGUAAUAAAUCUCCCUCACAACAAUUUUUUAGGACAGUUCCCCACAUGGUUGCUCGAAAACAAUACAGGGAUGGAGUUUCUUAAUUUGCAAAAUAACUCAUUAACAGGAACUUUGCAACUGCCCAAUCAUUAUAUUCCCAACCUUUUGGUUUUAGAUAUUUCAUUUAAUAAUAUACAAGGUCCAAUUCCAACUAACUUUAGUUUAGUUUUUCCAAAUCUAGAGCAUUUAAAUAUUUCUAAAAAUAACUUUAAUGGCACUAUUCCCUUUUCUUUUGGUAAUUUGGCUUCCUUAAUUGUUUUAGACAUGUCAAGCAAUAAUCUUUUAGGAACAAUAUCAGAAAAUCUGACAAUGGGCUGCUCCUCCUUAAACUACCUUAAAUUGUCCAAAAAUCAUUUGAGUGGCCAAUUAUUUCCUACCAAUUCAAAUCUGACAUUCCUGCAAUUUUUGUAUUUGGACAACAACCACUUUUCCGGAGGGAUCUCACAUGGCAUAUCUAAUCUAACGAACUUGUAUGCAAUUGAUUUUAGUAAUAAAAAUUUGUUAGGGAUGCUUCCAAGAUGGAUGGGGAACAUGACGUUAUUGAGUCGUAUUACUCUUGUGAGAAACCAGCUUGAAGGUCCCAUUCCAGUUGAGUUAUGUAACUUGUUUUACGUAUCAUUUCUUGACCUUUCCCAUAACAAUCUGAAUGGCUCUAUACCCUCUUGCUUUGAUUGGUACGAGAUCAGACAUAUUCAUUUGCAUCAAAAUAGGCUAACUGGUCCCAUUACCAGUGCAUUCAAGGGUUGCUCUAAUUUAGUCACUCUAGAUCUUAGAGAUAACUACCUUACUGGCAACAUUCCAGAUUGGAUAAGUAACAUUUCGAGUUUGAGCAUUCUACUCUUGAGAGCAAAUUAUUUGCAGGGGAAAAUUCCAUUUCAAAUAUGCCUUUUAGAAAAACUAACCUUGUUGGAUCUUUCUAACAAUAAUUUUUCUGGUCAAAUACCGCAUUGCUUGGGUAACAUUACUUUUGAGCGACAUUUUGUUGGCGAUUACCCUUUUAUGUCCAAGACAUUUUCAAGGAUCUUCCAUUCUAAAAUGGACGCUUACUGGGAAUAUGAUGUAUCAUUACCACCGGUGGAUGUACUACAAGUGGAGUUCACAACGAAGAAUAUAAUUCUCUCAUACAAAGGUGACAUUCUCAACUACAUGUCUGGGAUUGAUCUCUCAUACAACAAAUUAGAAGGAGAAAUUCCACCCGAGCUUGGAGACUUGAGUAACAUCUAUGCGUUGAACUUGUCAUUCAACAAACUAAAGGGACCGGUCCCCACACAAUUCUCAAAGCUUAAUCAAAUUGAGAGUUUGGAUCUAUCCAAUAAUAACUUGGAAGGUAUUAUUCCCCCGCAAUUGAUAGAGUUGAACUUUUUGGCCGUCUUCAAUGUGGCACACAAUAACUUUUGGGGAACAACACCAGAAAGAAAAGCUCAGUUUGGUACAUUUGAUGAAAACAGUUACGAGGGGAAUCCUCUCCUGUGUGGACCUCCACUACAAAAGGCUUGCACUAAAAUUCAACCACCGUCUAUCAUUCCAACUGAUGACAAGGGAGAUGAAGCUUGUGGUUUUAUGGACUUGGGAGUGUUCUACAUUAGCUUUGCAGUGUCUUACACGAUAAUGCUGUUGGGAGUUCUUGUCAUUCUUUACAUAAAUCCACACUGGCGACGAACAUGGUUUAACUUUGUUGAAGUGUGCAUCUCCACUUUCUACUAUUUUGUUGUGAUCAACACUCGUAAGCUAGAAUUGUGUAGCUUUGUGUUUUGA